UCUCUAUGUAGUCAGCUGCGAGAUUGCGUACUGUAGUAGGGUAGACGAGCAUAUGUACAUAUGUAUUAAGGGACAGCAGAAAACCAGCCCAGCUUUGAAAUCGGGCAAUACAUACAUGCAUACAUAUUUAGUUACAUUGAACCUUCAUUGAAGGAAAAAUAAGAGAGUGUGCUCUAAAUAUUUAUAUUUCUAAUCGUGGUCAAGUUCCUGCAGGAAUCCACAAAACUAAUUUACACCCACACAUGUACAUACAUAAGUGCAUACACACAUCCUACCGCAAACAAUGCUCCCAAAGUUUGUGAAAAGCGUUCGCCAAAAACAACUCCAUCGUCGCCAAAAUGGAGACGAGGAGAGGGAAAUUGCACCUACUUUCUCCACAAUACGAGAACAAGGGGUCGGAUACGAGUCACAAUUAAAAUACUUGCAAGACAAUGUCAUCACGCCGUUCCUUAAUCGCGCAGUGUACCAAAAUUCGGGUCAAGCCGAGGAAAAAGUCCCGCAGGGAGUGACUCUCUGCGGCACUAAUAAAGAUCGAAUCUCCCUCAUCGCCAGGGCCGUAGCGAACGAGUUAUCCCUUCAAAGUGGGGGUGACUAUGUACAUUUUAUUGAUGCGGGAAAAAUUUUGUCAACUAUCUCGCUUGACUUGUUUGUAAGCCCGUCCGAGAAGGGCCUAGUGGCCGUGGAAGCUGCUUUCAAAAAACCCAAGGGGUAUGACACGACCGUCAUUUUCCUGCAAGAUUUCCACCCCUAUGCCAGCGUCAGCACAGUCGAUCUACUAACCCAAAAGAGGGCCCAAACUCAGCAUAAAACUCUACUCAUCUGCAGUGUAAAGGAUAAAAUCGAUGGUGAAGAAGUUCUAUGGAGAGACAACAAAGUAUUAAAAUACCUUCACAUUCCGAACUUUUUAACGGCCCAAGCACGACUGGAGGUCUUGCACGCGUUCACUUCGAAAUGGGGUUACCUUCCGGACGCUGACGAUCUACGCUUCGUGGCGGACAUGACGUUGCCCCCGUUUGGAGAGGAGCGAGGAACUGAGAAGGAUUUGAAAACUGUGGCAAAGUUCGCGUAUCGGCGGGCAGUGGAAAGGUUGCAAAAGAGUGAGGGACUCGGUGACACCGACGUCAUUGACAGGACACGGGUACACGUGAGCUUAGAAGAUUGGAAAGAGUCCCUUCAACAGCUUCUGGAGGGAGAUAUUCCGUCGGGGUCUUCUCACGGCUUAGCAGACUCGAUCCAAACCCUCCAAGACACUCGAAAACAAUUGGAAAUUUCCCGCAAGCAACUGGAAGAGACCAGAAAGCUCCAGGAGGAAAUGACGGAAAUUAAAAUUUGUAAUGAAAUGGACUUUAAAUCGGUAACAAAACCGGAGGAAGUUGUGGAUAAAAUUAAAUCGUUUUGCACCUAUGGAAACAUUAAUUUGUUAGAGGUGAGAGAUGAAUGGUGUGAGGAUGAGGAAAAUAUCCAUGUCACGAUUAAGAUUCGUCUCCCCAUGAAGAAGAUUAAUGAAGAAGUGUAGAUAAAACCUUUAUGAACCCAAUUUUCUUAAAUGUACAAUAAAUGAGUGAAACUCCUUUUAUAUAUUUAUUGUAUUUUGUAAAGUUACUUGCAGGUAAACAAUAAUAAUUCAAAUGAAAUAAAUUAUAAACUAAACGUAA